AUGAAGUACUUCAUCAUUCUUCUUUCUGCUAUUGCCACAGCAUCUGCUCUCGCAGUUCCUGAAGCUCAGCCUGAGAGUCUUGAUAAGCGGCAGAAAUGCUACACUGCGUAUGGGGCUUGCAUUACUGCCUGCCCAGGUGCUGCUUGCCCCAAUACUGGUGCCACGGACCCAGAGUUCUGCUGCUGA